AUGGCUUCUCAAGCUCUUCAAGUUCUACUCUGUGGUCAAUGCCUUGCUUUUCAGGUUCACAUAGUUAAAAAAGCAAAAAAGUGGGAGUGCAAACUUUGUGGGACGAAGCAGAGCGUGAUUCAAGUAUUCGGUACUGGAUCUGGAGCAGAGUGUAGAAUUUUAGUUCAAAAGUUGAACGAAUCCCGUCACAUUUCUGAAGCAGCCGCGAGACGUAAUUUGACUGGUAGUGAAGAAUUUAAUUUUGAAGAAAAUAGUGCACGACAAGAAGACCAAGGGGAAACCCAAUUGGUAGAAUCUCAAACGUUACACACGGGGCGAGUGUCAAAGUGGGACGUAUAUUUGGACCAGGAUCCUUCCACGAAUCGUUUAUACUAA